AUGAAGGGCUUUUAUUAUCGCCCAUGUCCGCUAUGCCAGCAAGAUGUUGAAGUAAAACAGCGAGGUCGGUUUUAUGUACUCCCUCUGCAUCCAGCUUACACGAAGCUCUUUUCCCACGAUGAUUGGCAACUUAAAAAUAACUCUGCGAUAACAAUACAGGGCCUUUGGUCAGGCCCUCUUGAAACAUAUCCUACACUUGCAUACUGGCAAAGGUCAUUCCUUAUUCACUGGAGGUGCUACCAACUUGUUCAAGAACUUUCGCCUUCGCAGCUCCGUCUUUUGAUUGAUGUGGUUGAGCCAACAUUUCACUCACGUUCGCUGCCUCCUCCAAGUACACAUGGUGCUUUUUUCCCACCUCCCUCCCACCUCCUCCCACCCAACGCUAUACCACUUCAAUGUGACUUGGAAAACCAGGACCACAGGGCAGAAAAAAGGGACAUUGAGCAACCGUUAGGAUGGUGGUAUCACCGGUUACCGUUGGAGAUUCAAGGCAAAAUAUUUGAGUACAACAUUGGACGUCUGAUAUAUGUCAUGAGGGCAGCAACACAAUUCUCCUCCAACAAUGAAGCUUUCAGAGCUGUCCCUGAACAUAGGCUUUCGGAAACGAAAUUGAUGGUUUAUGACAACAUGAUCCGGAUCCAUCUGGUCAUCAUCGGUGGUCGCACCUACAUCGGAGAUAUAACCAGCAAAGCCAACCUGGGACAUAUACCCCAGGAGGACCUGUCUAUAGCCUACAGCCGUACCCUAAGAUAUAUCGCACUGGCACUUGGGCCUGUUUUUCUGAUCUGCGUGUUUUUGCAGAAGUGGAAAUCUGCGUACAUUUUAUUUCUGGCUGUGGCUGCAUUUGAAUUUAUGCUAUUCCCGUCAGUGAGGUCAACAGCCCUUAGUCCUAUGCGCAGUGGGAUAGAUCAGAAGAUGAACAGAGAUUAUAGGCUCAAUGAAUGUGAAUAUCUUGCAAUCAAAAGUGAUGAACCAGGCGUAGUAGAUAUUGCAUUCCAACAACACCAUGCUGCGCCAAAAUGGAUUCUUAAUAACCACACCUAUCCCUUUAAAGGCAAAAUUUCUGUGAUCCGAUGUGCAGAUACACAUAAUCUGCGAAUUAUUCGAGAUGCAAGAACACCCCUUGUCAUUUUCUUCUCUUUGGGGCUAUACUGA